AUGACCGGAACCGUCCCAGCACCUCCCGGGCUCGCUCCGAACCCGAGCCUCGGGCUGCCGAGUGCUGCCCUCAACGGUGGCGCACGAUCCGAGGACGUUACAACGGAUGUGAAGCAGGAGAUCUCGAACAAGAUAGGACAACAGGUGCAGACCCUGUUGCUUCAAGCAAAGAAAGAGUCCGAGCAGAAGGUGACCGCUGAGCUGAAGCUCCUGCACCAUGCCAUGCAGGAGAUGGAUUCUCGACUUGAUGGUCUCGUCAAGCAGCUGGACGAUAUGCAGGUGCAGCCGAACCAGGAGGCCCUGGAGCAAGCAGCAGUGGUGCAGGCCCUGGCGAAGGUUGAGCAGCAGUGGGGCAAGGCCUGUCCCUACUUCUAUGAAGCGAUGCCUCUGAUGUUCGUCUGUGAAGCUCAUCGUGAGGAACUUGGCAAGCUCAAGGGGGAGCUGCAUCAGCUGAUGGGCUGCAGAUAA